GCGUGCAAUUGCAAAAGAGGUGGUCUUUUUCAAGAAAUUGGCGCCCAGCCAGCUUUUGAAAGGAAAGUUAUGUUCUGACUAAUAUCUGGUAAAGUGUCGCUGCCACCGCUUGCUGUCUGCCAUCGAUUAGCAAGGACUAUUGGAAUAGUUCCGGAGCUGCAUCGGUCCCCCUUUUAGCAAACGUUUGGAGCAAACAUGUACCGAAUCUGAAACCUUAGAAAGUGCGAGUGAGUUUUGGGCACCGGCAGGCAUGGCUUCAAAGAAGGCGGCCGCCGGGGUGGAUAACACGCAGCGGCGCAAGUGGGACAAGGAGGAGUAUGCAGAGCGGGCGAGGGAGCGAGAGCGGGAGGAGGAAGAAGAGGAGGAAGAGCGACUGGCGCCAAAACGACGAGAGCCCCCUGUCCAGCGAGCCCCACUGCAGCAGAGGGCAUUUUCGGUAGACCUAACCAGCCGGUUAGGCAAAACACAGGUUGUCACUCAGCAAGCUCCCCUGAGCAUGCAGGCAGGCUUCUUCUGCAACGUCUGCCAGUGCAUCGUCAAGGACUCCGCUGUCUAUCUAGACCACAUCAACGGGAAAAAGCAUCAACGUGCACUAGGCAUGUCGAUGCGGGUCGAGCGCUCGAGCGUCGACCAAGUGAAGCAGCGCUUUGAGACGCUCAAACGGAAGCAGGCGGAGACCUUCACGGAGGAAGAUCUCGAUACCCGGAUACGAGCUCGCGAAGAGGAAGAGGAAGAACGGCGACGGCAAAAGAAGGAAAGGAAAAAGGACAAGAAGAAGUCGGACGACCCAGUCGAUGACACAGGAGACAUGGAUCCGGAGAUGGCCGCACUAAUGGGUUUCGGGGGCUUUGGCUCUAGCAAACAAACUUGAAACAUAACGCUGAGUACUUGGUCCUGAGUAUGUUAUAUGGUUCGGUUCUAGCAAACAAACGAGAAAAACGAAAUUUGUUGCACACUUCCGUGGCGGCCGGAGUGCAUCCGGGUGUGCACACAUGAAAAUGGUUCAGUGGACCAUGCCACGCAUGCGUGGUGUUAAUUGGAUUCUAGUACAUAUGGAUGCAUGGGUCUGCUUUGCAGCUUGAACAAGGGCACCCACCGUCACCUGAAU